AUUAUUUGUCAGGUCUCAAAUCCAAAGGAAAACCAUGUGUUUUGUCAUCAUGAUAUCUGCAAAAGCUUCUCAUACAUAGCCAUUGGAUUAUACAUGCCUGACCUAGGAAAGUACAGAUGGCACAGACUAAACUCUACGGAAGAACUUGAAAUAUUCAUCAAUCUGGAGCUGCUUACAGAUUACAAUACUCAUUAUCCAAAUAAUGGGUAUUGUAUAAUUCAAUGUGUAACCAAUGCUGGAAGAUAUGUAUCGCAGCUUCUUAUCUUACCACCUGUACUGCAUGCCAGCAGUAAACAAAUGAGGACAAUUCACAGCAAAAGGGUGCUAUUAAAUGUUAAUAUUUUGUUACUGGAUUCUCUCUCCAGACACCAUUUCUAUAGAUCAUUGCCAAAAACUAUACAAGAGUUUAGAAACCUGAAUGAAAAGUUUUUCAAAGCAGGACGUGUGUUUGAUUUUGAACUCUUUCAAGGAAUAAAGAGCCGAACGCUGGAAUCCUUACAAGCACUUUUUGAAGGUAUCAAACAUUUUGAAACGUUGUCUGAGGCUUUCAGCAUGCCUUAUAAGAAUGUAAAUUUAAAUGAAACCCUUGGACAUUUUAAAGCUUACGGCUAUGAGACGCUGUACGUGGAGGACUUGUGUUGGCUUUUUAAAUGGGGCCUUGUUAAAGAACAGGGAGCCAUGAAUUUGAGUGCACCCUACCCAGAGAGAGUAAAGCUGUUUAAUGAAGCUCUCUAUAGGGCUGGGAUUGACCGGGUGGAUGUUACAUAUAGUAGCUGUUUAAUUCUUAAGGAGAACAAAGUGAAAAACAACUUCCACGGUCCAAAAUCUGUCUGCUACAAUGGUAUUCAUCAGCACACCUAUCUUCUUCAGUAUGUAAAGUAUUUCAUAAAUCAUUUUGCCAGAUUAAACAGGCCUAUUUUUACUUUUAUGAUGCUGGACACAGCCCACGAGGAUACAGGCAUCAGAAUAAAACAAAUGGAUGAAGACUUAGCUAAAUAUGUCUCUUUUCUUGCACGUCAAGCAAAUACUGUAUCCUUUAUUCUUUCAGAUCAUGGUAGUACAUACGGUCGUUUUCUUUCAGCGUCACCUGAAUCUUAUGUGGAAAUCUUUCACCCGUCCCUGUUUAUGAUUGUUCCGGACUUUGCAUCCAAAAUCCUCAGAGAUACAAAAAUGAAGGCAUUGCAUAUAAACCAGAGGAGAUUAGUAAGCCUCAUAGAUGUACAUUAUACCUUAAAGGGACUCCUUCCUAAUAUAAAAAAGUUACAUCUAAAUCUUUCAAAGUACAGUUUUAACAAUGAUGGACUUUUGAGCCCAGUAUCUCCAUUUAGAAAAUGCAGUGACAUACCGAGAUUGCACCCAAACCUGUGUAUCUGCCAGGGCUCCUACAGAACAGAGAGAAACUCCUCCUAUUAUGCUUUAUUUGCUGAGUUUGCUUUAAACUGUAUUAACAAACGCAUUGCUGAACAGCAGAAGGACAACAAAGGGUCGUGUCUAGCACUUGUUGCCACCAGAUUUAGCGAUGUAAAAAUCAGCACGGACAAUGGAAUUGGUGGUGCCAUGAUUAUAUUGGACAUUUAUGUGAGAUCCUCGUAUAGGGCACAGUAUGAAGAGGAUAGGUUUUCAGUGACUAUGUUUUUUGAUUCUACAACCCAGAGAGAGGGAAUACUUUUCUUAGGUUACCACCGACUGACACCUUUCAGUAUAUACCAGUCAUGUGCAGACCCUUCUGUUGACCUGGAUAUAUGCAUCUGUGAAAGAUAUCCAACAGUUGGAAUUAAGAAUAAACAAUUCUAUAUUAUGCCUGAAACUGUUCUGUGGACUAAAACUUACAAGACUAUGGUUCAUAAACCUUGUCUCUUCCUUAAUGCACGGAACUAUACUGCAGGUGUGGCACUGUAUAUUUCCAAUGCUUGCUCAGAUAGGAAGUAUGUUAUUUUGUUUCAUUUCCUCAGUAAAAACCUGUUUUCUUCUGGCAAGAUGCCUGUUAAAGAAACUGUUGGUCCAGUAAUGAAAAGAUUGCUUGUGGUCGGUAUUAGAAAAAAAGAGAAUUUGCCAUGGACAUACAAGUAUACUAUGAAAUUUAAGUUAGUUCCUGUUCAGCAGUAAAGGUCCUUGGCUGAUUCAGCCAAUUACAACUGGAUUAGAAAACCUUUGUAUAUUUAUGGUUAUUCCAAGGUCAAUUGAUCUAAUAGAAGAAGCUAUCACCCAGGCUGAAAUUUCUGGACAAAAGUUUUUUUUUUCCUGAAAUAGAAUGAAUAUCAUAAAUGUCUGCUCAGAGCACAGUGUCCUAGUAAGAAUGAAUCAAUAAUUAUGUAUGCAUAUAAUGAGUGUGUCAAAGAAGAACUGUUCAAUACAGAUGAAGUUGCAGUUGGCCACUACUAGAGGUAAAUCUUGCGGUCCAAGGUUUGUGGUCCCUUCAAAUUUUUGUGCACAUUUUCCCAGGAGAAUUUUUUAAAACUAUAAUGCACUACACGUGCUACGACUAAGGCUCUUGCCGAAACGCGUCAGUUUCUUUGUUUUAUUUUCACGCUUAUGUAGUCAAUAAAUACGCAUAUGGAUUA